AUGUUAGGCCCCCGACCACAUAAUGAAGGCAAUUGCCUAGUGAUGUUGAUUUUAGAUAUGAUGUCCUUUCAUUUGAUUGCUGAUGCAAUAAAAGUAGCUAGAUAUCUUGGAGCAACACUUGUGCUCCCUAACAUUCAAGGAAGUAAAUCAAGCGACAAGAGGAACUUCGAGGAAAUAUAUGAUGUGGAGAAAUUUAUAAGAACCUUGGAUGGCAUAAUUGAAGUAGCUAGGGAUCACCCUGCCCUAGUAUCAAGUGAGAAGCUCCCUGUUGUUAGGGUGCCUAACAGGGUUUGCGAAACUUACAUUGCUACAAAGGUUGAACCAUUGUUCAGAAUUAAAGGGAACUUGAGACUUGAAAUUUACUACCCUUCUUUAAUAAUGACAAAGGGAAAAGAGACCCAGUACGUGGAUCCAUAUUCAUGCUUGGCAAUGUUUGAGAUUCUGCAGUUGCAACCAAGGUUGCAGCAAGUGGUUAACUCAAUGAUUUGGAGGCUAAAAACUUUGAACCAGAAGUCAAAUGGUCAGUAUAUUGCAGUGCAUUUGAGGGUUGAGAUGCUGGAAAAGAAAUGUAAAGGGAAUGAAGCUAGACGAAGAAAAAGAUGUUAUAAUGCUCAGGAGAUUGGUGAAUUUCUGAAGAAGGUUGAUUUUCAAACAAACACCACAAUUUAUUUGACGGAGUCUCGAUGGCAGACUAGCCUUGAUGCGCUAAGAGAUAUCUACCCCAACACAUAUACAAAGGAAGAUAUAAUGUCUGCAAAGGAAAAGGCAAACUUGCUUAGCUCAGGAAGUUCUGAACUCGAAAAGGUCAUUGACUUCCAUAUUUGCUCUGAGAGUGAUGUCUUUGUGCCUGCCGUUUCCUGCUUGUUCUACGCCACCGUAAUUGGAAAGAGAAUUGCUUCUGGCAAGACACAGAUUCUAGUUCCUGCUCAAAUGACUUCUCCUUCUCGUAGAGAUUAUAUUUCCCCAUAUAUAUCUGAGAAGAACCACUUGGCUUAUUCAUGCUUCUGCUGA